GUUACAGGAGUGAAGGUGCAGUGAGUGGGGCACAGCGGUACAGUUGCAGCAGUUAAAUUGCAUCGAAGCGGUUACAACAAAGAAGCCCACAGCCCCCGCGAGCAUGGCGUCCGCGUCACGCAAGCCUCUCCUCCUGCGGGCGUGGCUCCUGCUGUUCCUCGCUGCGUCGACGGGCGUGGUGGCCACGGGUUCGGGGCCCGGCGGGGACUUCAAGGCAGCGAGGGACUACGGCGCCAGCGGGUCACACGGCCACAUGCGACAGCACCACCACGACCGAUCCAAGGGCGCCUCCGAGGGGCAUCACCACCACAGACCCCGACAGACACUGGACAAACCCAAGCUCCUGCAGGAUAGUGACCUUGUGCAUGAUACCGAACACAUGAAGGAAGAGAUGCCGGACUACCUGACGCCUGAAACCAUCAAGAACAUGUCUCCGAGGGAACUUGACUACCAUUAUUUUAAACUCCACGACUUCGACGAGAACCUCCGCCUCGAUGGCCUUGAGCUCCUGGCCGCCCUCGGGCACGUCCACGCCGAUGACGACGACGAUGACGACGACGAUGAAGGAGGAGGAGGAGGAGGAGGACUUAGCGAGGAGCAGAAGAGGAUCCGCGAGAAUUUCAUGCGCCAGAAAUACGAGGAGGACUUCCGGUUGUAUGUCCAACUGAUCGACGAAGUGUUUGAGGACAACGACACGAACAAGGACGGCUUCCUGAGCUGGGCGGAGUACCUCAAGGCGAGACAGGUGAACGACGAGAAGCGCAAGAAAGUGUAAACAAAAGCGGUUCUGGGGAGUCCUGUGUGUGUGUGUGUGGGGGGGGGGGGUGAGGAGGCAAAGGCAUAAGGGCUGGCUUCGAUUCGCGGUGGGGAUUGGCGUUAUUGUGGGAUUAUACGUACACUUUCGUAUGCAUACAAACUCGUACACAUGCAAACAUAAACAAUUAAACAAAUAUACGCACACACACUCACAUACAAUAUACAUAUAUAUAUAUAUAUAUAUAUAUAUAUG